AUACGAAAAUUGUAAUUCAAACAAAUCUAAUCUAAUCUCUAUUUUGUUUACGAACUAUAAAUAGAACUUGCAAAUGUGGAAUUAGUUUAUCAAAAUUCUCGUCAAUUUAAUUUGGCAUUAGGAAAUGACAGAGAGUUGCUAAUGGGUUAACCAAUCCGUGUUGUCCAAUCCUAUCUGAUGAAUGCCAUCAUUAUAGCCCUGUGAAGGACUUAGAAAUGUUGAAAAGUUAUUUUCGGCGUUCGGACUUAAAGAUUUUCGAGAAAACGAAAGCGUGUGAAUACAAUACUACUGAGAAAAAUCUACGUAGGAGAGCAGCUUUGGCAAUGAAUCACAUCGUUUGUUCGGUGCAAAUAAGCCGUUAGUAUGUUUUUACACUCCGGUGACACUUGUUGGAUUCUGUGCUCCCCAAAAAAAUCAUCUUCGAAAUGGACGAGGAACAAAUGUGGAAGGGUUUCUUCGUCAAACUGCAAGAACUUAAAAUGAAUCCACCCACAGAGCACGAGCAAAAAUUACAAGAUGGAGAUGAUGGGUUUUUCGAGAAGUUUGGAUCCCUUUUGCGGCAAAAAUCUCAAAUUGAUGAGGGUGUCCUGAAAAGUUCCCUGGCUCCAUUUGAGGAAAAUGGCAGUACUGGGGCCGAGGAAUCGGACGAAAGUCCGGAUGGAACUCUACAACUUAGCCAAGAUCCGGAGUGCAUCAGUAUCGAUACCUUUGCAACAGAAAGUGAGCAGGCUUCGAUUUCUGAAAAGGACAUAAGCACAGCUGUUUUAGACUCGGCUCCUGUAAUGAAUGUUACAGAUCUGUAUGAAGAGAUUUUAUUUGAAAUUUUCAACAACAUCGGCUGUGAAAACAACGACGAGUGCACAAACAGUUUGGUUGAAUUUGUGCAGGAUGCAUUCAAAAUUCCGAACUCAACGCAUUUGGAAAUUUAUGAGGCGGCUAGGUUAAAGGAACCGCCAAACGUUAGAUUGAAUGUCGAGAUUAUAAAGGCUGAGAACCUAAUGUCCAAGGACUCAAAUGGCCUAUCUGAUCCUUUCGUAACCCUUUACCUAGAAUCGAAUGGUUCCCAUCGAUACAACUCAUCUGUAAAGCCUGCCACACUAAAUCCUAUAUGGGAGGAGCACUUUUCACUGCCGAUUACCGAAAAUGCUCGUGACGAAGUUCUUAUUGUUGAAGUCUGGGACUUCGAUGCCGCGGAGACGGUUAAAGAAAAAGUCAACAAAAUCCUGGACGUGAAAGGUGUGAAAGGGCUUAGCAAGUUAAUGAAAGAAAUAGCUGUUACAGCUUCGUCAGGAAAGCACGAUAACGAAUUAAUUGGGAGAGCUGCAAUUACGCUGAAGUCAAUUCCAGUUUCUGGACUAACCGUUUGGUAUAAUCUGGAGAAGGGAAGCAAGGGAAGGAGUCGAGGAUCACUUCUGGUUAAUCUCGCCUUGAGUGCGGAAAAGAACAAAAGUGUCGCAGUGCAGGAACACAAGAACUUACUAAAACUGCUGCUGAUGUACGAGCUGGAAACCUCGCAGGUGGCCAACUAUUGGUGGAGCGGAAAGUUCAGUCCCAACGCGGAACUGAUUCGGUCCCAGCAUGCUGCCCAGAGUGGAUUAACUCCUUUCGAUUGUGCUCUUAGUCAGUGGCACGCUUACAGCACCAUCCAUGAAACUCACAAACUCAACUUUACGCUGUUCAACUCCAUUCUGGACGUAGUGGUGCCAGUUAUCACCUACAUGCAGAAUGACUCGGAGGAUGUCAAAACAUUCUGGGACGGAGUGAGGCGGUUACUUCCAUCGUGCUUCGCUGUCCUACGAAAAUUAAGAUCCAAGAACACCAGUGAUAAAAAUAUAGUUAGGGCCCUUAAUGAAGUGCUGGAUAUUCUUAAGAAGAUCAAGGAGUUAGAAGUGCCGGAAAGUGUAGAUAUUUUCCCCAAAUCAGUUUAUGGUUGGAUACACACAAACGAUACCGACGAAACGUGCAAUAUUGACACUGCCAUUGUGGAUGCAAUAAAUACCGGGACGAAGGAAUGGCUGGAGCAUAUAGUCGAGGGCAGCCGGCAGUCCAAAAACAAUGAAACUGAUGAUGAGAAGCUGCAGUACGUCAUAAAACUUAUUCAAAUGGUGCGGUCUGAUCUUCAACGAGCCAUGGAAUUCUUUGAUAAAAUAUUUUACCACAAAAUUCAGCUAAACUAUUCCGCAAUCCUAUAUUUAUUUUACGACUCAAAACUUGCUGAAAUUUGUAAAACCAUUAUAAUAGAUGUAUGCAAUAACAUCAAGAGGUUAGAUGUGCCAGACGAUCAAUUUGAAUAUUUGCCAAACCUUGAGAAUGUAAAUAUGGGAACCACGUUAUUUGAAGUGUAUUUAAUACUCAAACGUUACGUGCAAUUAGGUGAAUCUCUCUGUUCCGAAAGUCUGGAACUGGCAAACUUUUACCCAUGGUUCGAAAGGGGGGUUACUCAUUGGCUUGAUAUUUCAAUAAUUAAGGCUUUAAGUCGUAUUCAAAAAGCAAUUGAUUUGGAUCAGCUUAAAGCUGUGGACGAAACAGUUAAAUACAGCUCUUCGGCUGUGGAUACACUCUCCAUAUUCUAUCAAAUCAAAAUAUUUUGGCAGCAGCUGGACUGGCCGGAAAUCGAGGGAUCCUACAUAUUUGUGGCAAAAAUUGUCAACGAUCUUUGUAGGUGCUGCAUAUUUUAUGCUCAACAAAUGUCGCGAAGAGUCGAAAACAUUACGCUGCUGGGAGACAGUAACAAGAACUUCACUUUAUCGGAAGAGUGGUGCAUAGCCAUUAACAACAUGGAUUACAUUCGUCAGAGCUUACCAUCAUUCAUUAAGGAACUCAGCAUUGAUGAUAUCAUUAAGAAAUUGGGAGAGUAUCGCACAAAUUUAGAGGCUGAACGUUGUGCAAACACAAUCAAAACUGUAAUCGAAAAUGCACUGGACACCGAGCGCAACCAGAUCGUUGAGCUUAUAGAGAUUGUUGCCCGAAGAAUGGCUCCACCAAUAAAAAGAUAUUUGGCCGAAGGUGCUGAGGUCCUUGCCAAAGACUCAAACUCAAUGGACCAAUUAAUGAUGUACUUAGAAGCCUCGCUGUCCACGCUAUACGAUACUCUUAACGAAAUAAACUUUCAAAGGGUAUUGGAUGCCAUUUGGUCUGAGUUGUCAAUUAUAAUGUACGACCUCAUCCAAUCCAACCUUGAUAAACGUCGACCGCCAGCCUUCUUUCAAAACCUAAACAACACUCUUCAGACGAUGAUGGACAGUUUUAAAAUGGGAAACAUUCAAACCUCGGACGUGAAGAUUUUGUCUUCAAUUCAAAGUAGACUAAGGCUGUAUUCUUUGGAAACAGCGGAUCUUAUUCAUCAGUAUUACUUGGAGCGUCUGGAAUACCAAAAGAGCCAAGAGUCGUCUCCCUAUGGACAGCUUACCAUAACGGCUCAAUUAACUGAUUCCGGUUUACUGUUAACUAUUUUAAAUGCACGCAACCUGGUUGCAAUGGACUCGAACGGCUCUGUCGAUUCAUUUGUCAAAGCAAGUUUCUUGCCCACAAGCAGAUUCAAUGAUUUACAAACUGUAAAGACCAACGUUCACAAUAAAAGUUGCUUUCCGCUUUACGACCAGGACUUUCGUAUAAACUUGAGUGAACAACAGCGGAGUGACAAAAAUAGCCUGAUUUUAUUCAGUGUCAAGGACAAAGACUUAUUUGGAAUGUCUAGCCAGUAUAUCGCAGAGAGCUAUAUUUCAUUCGCAGAUCUCGAGGCAACACCACCAGGAGAACAAAUCAUGAUGAAUUUGUCUAGACCAGAAUAUACAGAUUCCGAUUCGCUGCGAGCACUGGAAUACCGACUGGGUGAUAAGCAAGCCAAGGAUUUCCUAAAAAAAUUGAAAAACCGAUCCUUCUCAUAAGUUGUGAAAAUUAAUCAAAAGCAAUACGUUGUAAAAAGCAAUAAAAACUAUUUUUAUAUUUUUACGGCGAUUAAAAUAAUAAUCCAAAUA